GCCGCCGAGAAGCUGCGGUCCACCCUAGGCAGCGACCGCCUGCUGAAGCUCGCCAAGUACGCGGCGGAGAACCGCGCCAUGCGCUCGGGGCCCGUAAUCCAGCCGGGCCCCUCGCCCCUGCGCAGCCUCCUGCAGGUACCCGGGGACCUGCGCGUCCCGCUUUGCAAGAGGUCGCGGGACAGCGGGGCGGACACGUGCCUGGUGAACCCCAUCGUGUUUGCGGACCAAAAGGGACGAGGGUCGAGGGGCUCAGACCCGCAGCUCAACAACCACAUCAAGGCGUUCUUG